AUGCAUCUCCACUCAGAUAGUGGACUGCCAACUCAACCUGGUACUAAACCAGACAACUCUGAUAGACUGGAAAUUCCGCUCCAAUCUCACGCCACUCGCCGCCUCGGCACUCUCCUCAAAGUACGGCGUACCAAUCCUCUGCAUGUGCCCCAUCAUAUCCAAGAUAGGCGGCACCAUCAAACCCACAGCCUGCGGCUGAACAAACCCGCAGCCCUCUGCUGCACCUCUGCCACUGGAGGUACUCCCGGAGCCCCUGUGGAACCACUGGCGGAAAACGAGCCAAUAACUGCGUCAGCAAACCCACCACUAAGUCAUCAAGACCCUGAGCCGGAGCACCACCCCAACCCGGAGCAGCCUCCGCUCCCAAACCAACACUCGCAUCCACACUGGCCUCACUCGCCACGGAUACCGACUGGGUCACCGACGCAGUCGCCACACUCGGCACCACACUCUCUCCCGAAUCCGCCGAAGUCCACAAUCUCGGCCCCGGCCUCCACGGCCUCUAGCUCUGCCACCACGGCCUCGAGCACCGCGCCCUCUCGCCACAACCUCUAG